AUGGGUGUAUCCUGGUCGCGCAUGUCGAGCCUCCUCAACAUCUUCUGGUCAAAGAAAGAGAUCCGAAUCCUGAUCCUCGGCCUCGACAAUGCCGGCAAAACCACCCUCCUCUACCGCUUGAAGAUCGGCGAAGUGGUAACCACAAUCCCGACUAUCGGCUUCAACGUCGAGUCCGUCGAGUACAAGAACCUGCGCUUCGCCGUGUGGGAUCUAGGGGGGCAGACGUCCAUACGGCCGUACUGGCGGUGCUACUACGCCAAUACCGCUGCCGUCGUCUUCGUCAUCGAUAGUACGGAUGUUGAGCGGUUAGGCACCGCGGCCGAGGAACUGGCGGCGAUGCUGGGGGAGGAAGAGCUUAGGGACGCGGCACUGCUUGUUUUUGCCAACAAGCAGGAUCAGCCAGGGGCGAAGGGGGCAGGGGAGAUCAGCGAGAAGCUCAAGCUGGGCGAGCUGAGGGACCGGAAUUGGAGUAUCGUAGCGUGUAGCGCUAUUGAUGGGAGGGGAGUGGAUGAGGGAAUGGACUGGUUGGUGGUGAGUUCUGACGUGCUGUAUGGCGAAUGGGAUAUCUUCUCGCGCUGGGAGAAUCCUUGGUAA